CCUUCACGUUGCACAAGUUCCUUCCCUGCUGUCUCGGCAGGGCGGGGUCUGGCCGCCAGCGCCCGCUCUCCAGCAGGAAUAGAAGAUGAACAAACCCAUAACACCAUCGACAUAUGUGCGCUGCCUCAGUGUUGGACUCAUUAGGAAGCUGUCAGAUUUUAUUGAUCCUCAAGAAGGAUGGAAGAAGUUAGCGGUGGCUAUUAAAAAACCAUCUGGUGAUGAUAGAUAUAAUCAGUUUCACAUAAGGCGAUUUGAAGCAUUACUUCAAACUGGAAAGAGUCCCACCGGUGAACUGCUGUUCGACUGGGGCACCACAAAUUGCACAGUUGGUGAUCUCGUGGACCUUUUGAUCCAAAAUGAGUUCUUUGCCCCUGCGAGCCUUUUGCUACCAGACGCUGUUCCUAAAACUGCUAAUACACUACCUUGUAAAGAAGCUGUAACAGUUGAGCAGAAUCAGAGUCCUCUCUAUGGCCAGGACAGGACAUCUGGGAUACCUGUGCGGAAUCCUGAACAAAAUUAUAUGCCACCCGAUUCCUCAAGUCCGGAAAGUUUAGAAGUUAGUGAUACACGUUUUCACAGUUUUUCAUUUUACGAACUGAAGGAUGUCACCAAUAACUUUGAUGAACGGCCCAUUUCUGUGGGUGGUAACAAAAUGGGAGAGGGCGGAUUUGGCGUUGUGUAUAAAGGCUACGUGAACAACCGAGCCGUGGCCGUGAAGAGGCUCGCAGCUGUGGUUGACAUUAGUACAGAAGAACUGAGACAACAGUUUGAUCAAGAAAUAAAAGUAAUGGCAACGUGCCAACAUGAAAAUUUAGUAGAACUACUUGGUUUCUCAAGUGAUGGAGACGACCUCUGCUUAGUGUAUGUGUACAUGCCUAAUGGUUCAUUGCUAGACAGACUGUCUUGUUUGAAUGACACUCCACCACUCUCCUGGCACAUGAGGUGCAGGAUUGCUCAAGGUGCUGCUGAUGGUAUCAGUUUUUUGCAUGAGAACCAUCAAAUUCAUAGAGAUAUUAAAAGUGCAAAUAUCUUACUAGACGAAGACUUUACCGCCAAAAUAUCCGACUUUGGGCUUGCACGGGCUUCUGAGAAGUUUUCACAGACAGUCAUGACUAGCAGAAUUGUGGGAACAACAGCAUAUAUGGCACCUGAAGCUUUGCGAGGAGAAAUCACACCCAAAUCUGACAUCUACAGCUUUGGUGUUGUUUUACUAGAAAUAAUAACUGGACUUCCAGCUGUGGAUGAACACCGGGAACCUCAAUUAUUGCUAGAUAUUAAAGAAGAAAUUGAAGAUGAAGAAAAGACAAUUGAAGAUUAUAUUGAUAAGAAGAUGAACGACACUGAUGUCACUUCCAUUGAAACUGUGUACUCUGUUGCUAGCCAGUGUCUGCACGAAAAGAAAAAUAAGAGGCCUGACAUUAAGAAGGUUCAACAGCUGCUGCAAGAAAUCACGGCUUCUUGAAACUUUGGUAGAGUAGACUUUGGCUUUUUAUACACAGCUAUCAAAACCAUUUUUUAAACUAAAUUUUUGGUAAGCAUUCUUCUUUACCUUUAAUAAGACAGCAUGGUACAGUGCAGUACUGUGGUUCUUAAAGGACACGUGGAACCCCAAACAAACGAAAGCAGAGCUGCCAUUUCAAUGCUUAGCCCUCCCUUCUUAGAGUUGCCCUCAGUUCUUGCAGUAAUCCCCGAGACAUCUUCUUGGAGCUUCAUCACACACACUUUGAAAACUACAGUAUUAACAAAACAGAGGACUGGACUAUUGAACGAAAAGACCCUGAGCUGAAGCCCAGCUCCACUACUAAUUUUCUGUAAAGCUGUGGGCAGUCUCUUAGUUGCUUUCCGCCUUGGUUUUUUCACCUGUAACACUGGACUAAUACUUACUGUGCCUCUCUGGCAGGUAGUCAUGCAAAUCAAAGGAUGCAACAUGUUUGCAAGUACUUUGUACUUUAUAAAGUGAUAUAAAAUUUAACAUUUAUAUAGAUGAUUAUAAAAUUUUACUACAGUCAUUGGUUUAUUGAGUCAUGUUUACAGUGUACUGUUUUAAGCAAUCAUUCACCACAAGCCAAAUAAACCCACAUGAGACUGCCACAAUAUGUCCAUAAUUAAUUAGAUUAUGUACCAUGGCAAAGUUGAUAGCAUUUUGCAGAUGCAGUUAAGGUUCCUAAUCAGCUGACUUUGAGUAUCAGCAGGGAGACUGUGCUGGGUGGGCCCGAUCUAAUAAGGUGAGCUCUUACAAGACAUCUAAGACAUCCUUGUGUGGGCCUUAAAGAAGGGACCUACCAUGUUUUUAAGGCCACAUUGGCUAAGACCUAAGGGUGGCCUCCAGGAAAUGAGAGCUACUUUCUGGCUGUCAGCCAGCAACACAAACUGGGACCUGGGAUGUGUAACCACGAGAAACUGAAUUCUUCCAACAGCUUAAAUUAGCUUAGAAAAGUACUCCAGACCUCAGACGAUACCAUAGCUCCAACUGACACCUGAAUUUUGGCCUUGUGAGACCCUCAGUAGUGAAUCUGGCUGAGCUGUGCCUGGACCUCUGACACACAGGACUGUGACAUAAUAAAUGAGUUGCUAUAAGCCACUGA